UUAUAUGUAUAAUUUUUACAGAGCAGGGACUGAUUUUACAAUGUCUUGUUACUAAUUUUUUUGCAGUUAACAGUUUUAGGCACAGAAGUUUCAACAUAGAAGUACACCCAGAAAAAAGUAGAACGAAUAAUUUUAGCACGAACGUUCUUGAAAAUCGGCCGAAUAAUUCUUAAAAUUUUUAGGACGAACGUGUACAGAAUAAGUACGGGUCAUACUUGAUAAUAGUAUUUACAAUUUUUUUUUUUAACACACAGAGAAAAUAUAUUUUAUAGCUUUAAUUCUGAUUAUAAUAUCUAUAAAUAAUAACAGAAUUAUAAAAAAAGCAUUUAAAUCUAUAAAUUAAGCAUUUUUUCACUAGCAGUCAUACGAUUAUACGUUAAUUUUGUACAUUCGAGCACAUUUGUGUAUAUCGAUGUGUAUCGAUCGAUAUCUUCUUUUCGGCUAGUCGAUCGAAAAGCUGCCUUACUUUAAAACGAGAAGUGCGCAAGUAAGAGAUCCGAGUCGCAGCGUAAAAAAAUGGAAAGAGAAUCGCCCAAAAAGCUAGAGGACGCGUUGGAAGAAAUGGGAAUGCAGGGUGUGCUGCCGUACCUGCAGGAAGCUGGAGUGACUUUGUCACUAUUAGAAAGUGUGACAGAGGAGGAGCUAAAGGAAGCAGUUCUCCAAUUGGGACUGCGUAUGCUAUUCAAGCGGAAGCUUACAAUUUGGAGAGAAAAAAAUAAAAUUACCAAGGUCAGCGCAGGCCAAAACGAAAACGAGACCACUUUUGUGCUCCACAAGAGCAUUCGUUCGAUUAUAGAGGCGAAGGAGCAUGGAAAAACGUUAAUUAAUAAAAGGAAUCUUGUUCAGGUGGAUAGAAUCUGGCUGAUCAGCGCAAUAGUUGAGGAAGCCAUCAACAACAAUUUAAUAAUUUGUUAAAGGAAAAGUUUUCGGACUGCAACGAAUUCCAUUUGUAUGAUAUAUUAAUUUUUAAAGGAACUCGGUACAAAAUCAAUUACUACUUAGGUGUAAUAUUAAGUGAUUUUGAGUUAUUUAAAAUUAAUUUCUAUAUGCCAACCAAUUAAAAUUACAAACAUUGAUAAACAUUUUCGCGCAUACGUAAUUGGCUCUGCUAAAGAAUAUUGUAUUAGAAAGUUAAGUGAAUUCGAUACUGCUCCUUUGCAUUUAUAUCCUGUAAAUAAUAAUAAAACUCUUGUUCGUAUUAAAUAUGUAUAAGCUUCUUAAGACAAAUUGUUCUUAUAUAUGUCAAAAUAUACAAUACAAAAGUUGUACUUUAAAAUAUUAAGAAGUGAAUCAGAUACUCAAAUACUUUUCAUUAUGAAAUUAUAUUCUUAAGUUAAAAACGUUUUAUACUUAAGAAAAGAAUUGUUUAUUCUUCAAAUAAAUAUUUAUUUCUUGAAUAAAACAUGAUUUGUUCUUAAAUUAAAAAUAUUCAUUCUUUAUUAAAGAGGGUUUGGUUCUUAAAAGAAGAAUGGUUUACUCUCCAAAUAAGAAUAUUUGUUUCUUACAUGAAAAAUACUUCGUUCUUGAAUAUAAGAGUAU